GCUGUGCAUGAGCUAUCUGUCGUGCUUCGAGCAUAUCUUUGGUUUGUCAUCUACCCUUCCCACUUCACUGCCAUUUCUUCUUCGACAACAACCUAUACGUACUCCAGUCUUUCCAGGACGGUAUCACUAGCUAUGGAAAGCAAAGAAAACUCUGCCUCCGUGCCGUUCUUGUCAUCCAGAGACUCGAGCGAUGAGUCCACAAGCUUCUCAGUCGACUACGAGCGUGCCGGAGGACCUCGAAUUACCCACCCCCUCAAUCGACGAUGGUGGAUGCCACCUCAAUACGUCUACGUUGGCCUACUUUCGAUCCUGCUACUGAGUCUUGGAUUCGCAGCCGGCCUCAGUGUCCCACGGGCAGCAUCAGCCGGUGAAGCAACCGGCUCCAGCAUAGUUGCAAAGAUUCCGGUGACAUUCCAAGAGGAAGCCAUUUUUUCCGGACCACCUUCCGACGAAUCCAAUGCAGCCUGGGAUGCUCUGAUACCACUGGGGCGAGGAUUUGUAGAACUCAAUUCUUCCCAUACAGAUACCGAUCGGGAAGGCCGAUACUGCGUGUCUGUAUUCCACCAGCUGCAUUGCUUGGAGAUGAUUCGACAGGGAUUUUAUGGCGCGCAGAUGCAUACGGAAAAGGCAAAACCUACUCCUGUUGCUCCAGAUGGUGGCCCCGUUUCGCCUAUCCCGGGCGAUUUCCAUAAGCACCGCCCUGCACCGUCUAAGCCAGGUUCCGGCGCGCAUCAUGCAGAUAGUCACAUGCAGCAUUGCUUCGACUAUCUUCGGCAGGCGUUGAUGUGUGCUUCGGAUACUUCGCUCGAGGAAAGAAGCGAUGAGAUUUCUGGAGUCAAAGGAUGGGGAACUACGCAUCAGUGUCGGGAUUUUGAGUCGGUCAAGGAGUGGGCUGAGAUGCAUCGAUAUAGUGAAGAGAAGGGUAUUCACAAUUAG